AUGUCCACACCCGAACUCUACUGGAAACCCGGAGACAGGCGUCCUCACGAGGACGAGGAGCCCUUCGUCGAGAAGUUCCGCAAGGCCGUCAAUGAGCGCUAUGGCUACAACCUGCAGGACUGGUGGGCGCUCCACGCUUGGAGCACCAAGAAUACUAACGAGUUCCUCGACUUUUGCUGGGACUAUUUCAAGCUCAUCGGCGAGCGGGGUGACGGCCCUGCCUUUGUCGAGGGCAUCCCCAUGGACGAGCCGCAGAAGCUCUUCCCCGGCGCCAAUGUCGCCGAGAACAUCCUGCUCGGGACCGAGUCGGCGCUGCGCAAGGACAAGUGGGCCAUGAUUGCGACUGUCGAGGGCGACCCCAACGCGGCCAACCCGCACGAGCCUGUCGAGAUGCGCCGCAUCAGCUAUUACGACCUGUACCACGAGGCGCGCAUUGCGGCGCACGCUCUGCGCAAGAUGGGCGUGCAGCCCGGAGACUCGGUCGCGUCAUUUGCGGCGACGUCGUGCGAGAUGCUCAUCAUCUUCAUGGCCACCGUGGCCAUUGGCGCCAUCUUCUCCUCGACUCCGGCCGAGUUUGGCGUCAAGGCCGUCGUCGACCGAUACGACAUUAUCAAGCCCAAGGUCCUCUUUACGAUUGACAAGUACCGGUACUCGGGCAAGGAGCACUCGAUCACGGAGCGCGCGUGUGCUGUCGUCGAGGAGAUUGCCAAGGCGGGCAAGCUCAAGAAUGUCGUCACGUUUGGCCAGCUGUCAAGGGACCGUCAGCCGGCGCCCGAGACGCUCGAGGGAUACCCGUCUAACGUGAAGAGCUGGGACUGGGCGAGCUUCAUGGAGAGCGGGCGGGAUGCGCCAGCCGAGAUUGACUUUUACCGCGGCGACUUUAGCCAUCCGAUCUGGAUCGUCUUCUCGUCGGGCACGACGGGCAAGCCCAAGAGCAUCUAUGGCCCCGGCGGCGGCAUCUACCUCAUGCGCCGUGUCGUGAUCACGCUCCACCUCAACCUCGACCACCGAGACAGCUACAUCCAGUUUGCGACGAUGGGCUGGAUCGUGUGGAACAUGCACAUCAUGUUCAGCUGUAACGGUGGAACCAUCGUCGCAUUCGACGGCUCGCCAUUCCAUCCGCAGGACGUCCUCUUCCGCGCCAUCGACAAGUACCGCGUGACGCAGCUCGGUGCUUCGCCGCGCUACAUCCAAACGCUGAACAAGGCUGGUGUCAGCCCGAGCAAGAAGCACGACCUCAGCACGCUGAAGCAGUUCUACACGACGGGCGCACCCGUCACGGGCGACGUGUACGACUUUUGUGCUCGCGAGCUGAACCGCCUCCUUGUCAACAAUGCCGCGGGCGGAACCGAGCUCGGCGGGUCAUACCUGCAGUCGACCCCCGUGCUGCCCGCGUACAAGGGCGAGCUGCAGACGCCCGUGCUCGGCGUCAGCGUGAUUGCGGCGGACGCCAAUCAGAAACCCCUGGUCGGCGAGGAGGGCAUUCUGCUCUUCAACCAGCCGUUCCCCAACAUGCCGUACAACUUUGUCGACGACCCGGACCGCAAGCGAUACAAGGAGGCGUACUUUGAGGACUCGAGCAAUCCGCCAAUGCUCAACAUGAACGACGCCGUGCGCAUCAACCCCGUCACGCGGGGAUGGACGGUCAUUGGCCGCGCAGACGGCGUGCUCAACCCGUCCGGUGUGCGCUUCGGAAGCUCAGAGCUCUACUUCAUCCUCGAGAAGGACUUUGCCUCCGAGGUCGAGGACUCGCUUGCCGUCGGCCAGCGCAUGCCCAACAAUGACGAGCGCGUCGUUCUCUUCCUCAAGACGCGAAACGACGCGCCGCUCUCCCCCGACCUCGUCGGCCGGAUCAAGCAGGCGAUCCGGCAGGCGCUCUCAAACCGCCACGUCCCCGCCGUCGUGACGCAAUGCCCCGCCGUCCCCCUCACGGGCAGUGGUAAGAAAGUUGAGCCCUCGGUUAAGAAGCUCCUGAAUGGCGUGCCGCUCGAAAAGAUUAACUUUGCCGGUGUCGAGAAUCCGGAGAGCUAUGCCUUCUACGCCGACUGGGCGCGUGCAAACUCGGGCCGCGAGGCGAGGCUGUAA